UUGCCGCGGAAGCUGUUACAGUUCUGUCGGACAGAUCAUCGCUAAAAGUCGCCCGAAACCAAAAUGUCUCUAAAGCUGUUUUCCUGCCUUUUUGUGCUGGUUUUGGUGGCCGUCGCCUGCGAAGGACAGAACCAAUACAAUCCAUAUCUGAGGAACCCCUUCUACAGGGAUCUCUACUAUCGGAAUCGUGAUCUGUACAACCAGCGUCGCUUCUACGAUGGCUUCUACAAGAAGUACAAUCCCUACAUUGCCGCUGCCCAGGCCAGAAUUGUGGAGCAGAACAACGAGGUGAACUACGGACCAGGUUCCUAUGCCUACAGCUAUGAGACGGAGAACGGAAUUCACGGCGAGGAGAAAGGUGUGCCAGUCGGCAUCGGUAACCGGCAGCAGGAGGAGCAAGUGGAGGGAGCCUACUCCUUCAUCACACCCGAGGGUCUUCGAGUAGGAGUCAAAUACCUGGCGGAUGCCAACGGUUUCCGUCCCGUGAUCACCUAUGACGGUGUAAACUCCGCAUUUUAUGCCAGUCAACCAGCUCCUGCUAACGUGGUUUACACCAAGCACUGAGUUCAAAACUCAUUCCCCUCCUAUUCCUAACUAGUGAAA